AGGACACGACCUGUGAUAUAACCACGAGAUACGAGUUUAACGUCGUAUUUUAUUCAUGUGGACUUUACGAAGACGAACAGCGGCGAUGACUUUACAUUUUAGACUUCUGAAUGUCGCGUAACAGGAAGACUUUAGGUCCACUGAGGCGGUAACGCAACGCACGUCUCCCUUCAGACUCGGGCUGCUUUGUUCCUGUGUGAGACAUGUCCACUCUCUUCCCGUCGCUCUUCCCGCGGAUCACGGAGUCUUUGUGGUUCAACCUCGACCGGCCCUGUGUGGACGAGACGGAGCUGCAGCAGCAGGAGCAGCAGCACCAGACCUGGCUGCAGAGCAUUGCCGAGAAGGACAACAACCUGAUGCCCAUCGGUAAACCCAUCUUUGAGGCGGGAUACGAUGAAGAGGAGGAGGAGGACGACGAGGACGAGGAGGACAGCGAGGAAGACUCUGAAGACGAGGAAGACAUGCAGGACAUGGACGAGAUGAACGACUACAACGAGUCGCCCGACGACGGCGAGAUCAACGAGGUGGACAUGGAGGGACCGGACCAGGACCAGGACCAGUGGAUGAUCUGAGGCUCGGUGUCUGGUGUUCUGGAUCUCUACCGGAGACGACCCUCCUGUCUGUUACACAGAUAUGUUAUUACAUAUUUAUAUUUAUAUUUAUUGGCAAGCGGGAGAAGAAGCGAGUGAGAGGCGUCAGGACAGAACGGAGGCUGAGGACGUCACUGUGAGUGCUUCUACCUGGCACACACACACACACACACAUGCACACACACACACACACGUACACACACACAGCUUUGGGCUCAAAAACAAUGUUGACAGGUGAACAAAUGAAACUCGCCCUGACCUCCAUUUAAUUACAGAUUACUCUACACUUAAUACACCAUUUUAGACCCUUUAACACAAACACACACAUAACAGACACACACUCACAAAUAUAUAACACACCUAUAACACACACACAGACAUACACAUCCACACAUAACAGACACACACACUCUCACAAACACACACAUGCACACACAACAUGCACACAGACACACACACUUUCACACACAUAACACACACACAAGCUCUUGCAGUUCCAGCCACAGACAGGCAGCAGCAGGCAUCGGCCAGUGAGUUCCGGGUUGACCUUUGACCUCAGUCAGGUGCCUCUUCUCCUCUCAGCUAACGACGCUCAGUCGGCUCCAUGAUGUGUGACCUCCAUGAUGUGUGACCUCCAUGAUGUGUGACCUCUGAGGCCGACGGUCCUCCGCCGCGGGGUCUCCCUCUCUCGGCGUCCGCGGUGCUCCUGUUGCCGCCUCAUGCGUGUGAAGUCGUGUUAUCUUCAGUCUUUAUUGAAAUAUACUUGUUUGUUUAAUUUUUUUAACCAUGUCCAGAGGAUCGAGCGGCCGUUGUUUUAAAGCGGCUCCAGGGCGACCUCGCCUCACCUCUCGCUCGCCGAGGUUUCGGUUGUUUGUACCGAAAUGAACAGAAGCCUCGGCUUUCUUUUAUUAAAGGAAAUCAUUUUGAUGAAAA